AUGUUAGCCAACCCGGGGGUCCUGCGAAAGCCUAAAUCUGCGUUACCGCUGAUUCAAUGCAUCGGCAUGAGAAAAUACCUGCUGCACAACAUGGUUCGCAUGCACUUCGACUGGGAGGAACCAACGUUUGUAGGCGAGACAAUGACUUUUUACAUCAAGUUUCGUCAGAAUAACGGACGUCCUUAUCCAGUCUGCGACAAGGAUAUCGCCGAUCUUGUGGUCAAGGUGAGACAGGGCGCCAGUAAUAUAGCAGCUUUCACGGAAAUCUGUACCGAGCCAGAUAUGUUCAACAUAGUCACAGUCAAAUUUAAGACACGCCAAGCUGGAAGGUAUCGCAUAGAUGUGCACAUAGGUACCUUGCCGAUUACCGGAAGUCCACAUAUUCAUAGGUUUCUACCCCGACAACCGGACCCAAAUAGGACGAUCUUGGUGCGAGAAAGCUCGAUAAUCGUCUGCCGGUUGGGCAUGCCCUACCCGAUAAUGAUCGAGCCCCGUGACGAGUUCGGAAAUGUCUGCGUCUUCGACGUGAACGGAAAGCCCGUCGAAGGCUACGAAAUACAAAUAAAUCAACUCGGUACUUCGCCGGACCGACAUUUCCCGGCGGAGUUUUGUGGCGACACGUCGCUCGAGUACGACGCGGCUCGCCGGCAGAUCUGCUUGAAGGUCAGCUUCGCCAAGGCCGGCUUCUACGAUGCGUCCGUCAGACUCAAUGGUACGCAGCUGCGAAACGGUAAUUUCGGCAUCAUCGUUUUAAAAAGUCACGUAUAUGGAGCAGUUCAGAAAAUGGUUGAUUCAAAUCGCUCUACUAUUUGCUACGCUGCCAAGCUUCUCGGAUGGAAGGGCGAGAGGUGCACAAAACCUAAAACGGUCCAGUGCUUUAUUUCUUCAAAGCAGCUCACAAUCAAAGAGUAUCGAUUCAAAUUCUUUCCGAAAAGUGUGAUCACUAUCAUGCUCUAUCCUUCGACUAAGUUUUAUUUAAAUGGGCCAGCCAGUGAGCACGAGGGUUACGAUUCGUUUAUACUUGACGACGGAAUUCAACGUCCGGUCGAGCUGGUCUCGGAUUAUUGUGAUACGAUAGCGGCUACUCUUGCAAAGUUUUUAGUAAAAAAAGUUGGCGGCAGUGAAAUUUUUACAAAAAAGCGAGAGUAUUUUUAUCAAAAGAUUAGAGAGCUCCGUUAUAGAAACGAGUAUAAACCAAAGACGAUAAAAGUUAAACGGGAAAAACUUCUAAAAUCGUCAUUGAAGGCCACUAAAAGAUUUUCCACUGCGAAUUGGUCUCAAAAGUUCGAAAUCACAUUCGAAGGCGAAGAAGGUGUCGAUAGGGGUGGAGUUAGCCGCGAAUGGUUCGAGCUCAUAAGCGCCGCCUUAUUCGAUGCGGAAAACGGUUUAUUCGAAUCGUUCGGAGAAUCGCAACGGGCUCUAGUUCAUCCGAGUAAAAAGCCUGCAGCUUCCAGGGAUCUGAAGUAUUACGAGUUCGCCGGCAAAAUCGUCGGCAAAUGCAUCUACGAGUCGGCGUUCGGUGGACGGUCUCGACUGUUCGUGCGAGCCCGCUUCACUCGCUCGUUCCUGGCGCAGAUUAUCGGCCUGCGAGUGCAUUACAAAUAUUUCGAGAUGGACGAUCCUGAUUUGUACGCGAGCAAAAUCAAGUACAUUCUUGAAAAUGACGUCGAGGGAAUGGAGCUGUUCUUUGCGGAAGAGGAGUACAGCAAAGACGGUGAAUUGAUAAAUGUGAUUGAACUGAUUCCUCAUGGUCGAAAUGUGUGCGUAACUAACGACACUAAAGAUCGAUACUUGGAUGUAUUGGCACAGCACAGAUUAGCUAAUAACUCAAUACGUAAUAAAGUAAAUCACUUUUUAAAAGGCCUGAACGAACUCAUUCCCCUCAAACUUCUUAGGAUUUUCAACGAAAAUGAACUGGAGUUUCUGUGGCGUGGAACCGAAAAGUACAGCGCCGAAGACCUGCGAGCUCACCACGACACUCAUUGCAACUCGGCCGAGUUUCGAAAAGUGCUCGACUGGUUUUGGACGGCGGUGAGCAAUUUCACGCAGGAGGAAAUGGCGCGUCUUCUGCAGUUCACCACGGGAUGCUCGCAACUGCCUCCUGGAGGCUUCCAGCAGCUCAAUCCACGAUUCCUCAUCAAUACCUCGGCGACCUUCGGAGAUCUUCCCACCACUCAUACAUGUGCUAAUGAACUAUGCUUACCAUUCUACGAAUGCUAUGAUCACUUUGAAAAGGCACUUCUCUUGGCCAUAAAUGAGGGUACAGAAGGUUUUGAAAUGACGUAG